CGCGGCCGGCGUCGACGCGGACUCAGCCCCGGAGCCCCCUCUACUGCCCAGAGGCCGCCGCCGCCCGCCCAGCCGCCAGCCCGCCUGCCCAGCCAGCCCCAGGCUCCCGGGAACGUCAGCACGCCGCCGUCUCCGGACCUGCUCCCUGCCAAUCCCAUUGGUAGGAAGGAAAAGGCUGGCCCUCCCCAUUGGCCCGGCCCUCAUAUUGAACUGACCAAUGGGAACUGAGGUUUCAGGUCGCCAUAGAGACCGAUGCUGUUAAGAGCUAGAGGGCCUGGAAACGGUGAGGAGUAAGGAUGAAGGUAUCUCUGGCUUUGGGCGCGGGAGAGGGUGGGGGAAAGAACUACCGGGGGAUUCCCGAGUGCUGGCUCUGAAAUUGGGGCAGCUUUCGCUUUGCCUUCCUGGCAACAGCAGCUGUGCAUGGUAGGGUUUGUCCGUCGCGUCAAAGGCGGGGACAGCUGAGCCACUAUACGAAUCCUUGAGAGCCUGGGAGUGGGCGUUUCACUUUUCCUGCGACUGGGGAGUCCCUCAGCCUCUGCCCUUUGAACUUUGACAUGUGUGCAGCUUCUGCUUCACCAGAUAUGGAAAACAUGGAUAAAAGAGACCGACCAUUCAUGACAGUUCAGAAAAAUGAUACCUCAGAUAAUCUGGUAUUUCGUAUGAAAAAUGAAAUGAGAAGCACCAAGUAUAAACCAGUAGACUAUCAACAAUUGCAUGCAUUAACCGAAGCAAAAAAAUUAGCUUCUGCCUCUACGGAGCUAAAGAUCAGAAAAGCAGUGCAGACUUCAAAGAUAUCUAAAGAGCAAACACUAAUAAAGCAACACAAGCAAGUGUGGUGGCAAGAACACCAAAGGCUAAAUGAAGUCAGAUGUAAACUGGAAUCUGAAAUAAAAUCCUUACUCAAUGAAGAGAACAUUGGAAAUGAAUGUCUUUCUGACCUUAUGAAUUUCGAACAAGAGUUAUCAGAACAAUGGUGCACAUAUCUUAAAAAUGUAAUAAAUCCUCUUCAGCAAUUGAGAGCAGAUCUAAAAUACAGACAGCAUCACAUUUCACAGCAUUCACACUCGCACAGUGAAUCCAACUCUGUGAAAGUACUGGAAGAGGUUGACUUCGUGAAGAAACAAUUGAAAGCCGUCUAUGAAAGACUUAGGCUAGAGCAACAGAAGAUAGAAAAUUAUCUUUCAGACUGGAGUUUGAAAACACUUGAUCAUUCUUCAGAAGAAAGAAGUAACCUGCUUAGUGAAAUGCCCGUGGAAUUAGAAACUUUGGAAUGUCCAUACCCUGACUUGAAGUUUUCAAUCCUUAAUGAAUUCUGUAACUUUACAGAGAAAUAUCAGAAGAAACUUCAAGAUUUUGAUAUGCAGUUAGAAGAUAUAUACAGAAACUUCCAAUUAAGUGAUGAAGACCACUGGUUUUACCAGGCUCUUGUGGAUCAGUAUCCUGGGGAUCUCAGUGGCAGAAGGACUCUGUAUCUGGACAUGUUACAGAGACAUUUUCCUCACAAAUCGAGGCAUGAUUUGGUCGAACAUGAAAAAUAUUGUGACCAAUAUCGCUUUGCUAAGGAGCAGCGAAAGAUCCUGAUAGCAAGUUGGAGUAAGAAUAGGAGAGACUUUAUACAGAAGGCUGUGCUGACAGUGGCCGAGGCCUGUGCAACUCAUGAAAUGGAAAACAUGUUGGUUAAGGAUAGGAAAAAGCAACAGGAAGUGUGUGCUGAUCUGAAAGCCAAGGUUCUUCAGUGGCGAGCCCACCAGGAAGAGGUAGCAAGACUGGAAAUGGAAAUUUCUGCCAGAAGGAGAGAAAAGGAAGAGGAGAAAGAGAAACAGUGGAAGAAGAAGGAAUUGUUACAAAGAGAAGAGAAGAAAAAAAAAAUAAGAAAAUACUGGGCUAAAAGAGAGCAGAAAUGGCAAGAAAUGGAAAUGAGAGAUCUUCAGCGUCUGGAAGAACUGAAGAAAUUAAUGGCUGAACAGUCAGUAAAAGACAGAGAAAGGGUUAAAUAUAGACGAGAAUUAUUGGAAAAGCGUUUGAUGGAGAAAAAAGAAGUGACCCUUCAAGAAGCACUUGAAGAAGCAGAGAGAGAGAAGCGAAUAGAAGCCCUGAGGAAACAGGUUGCUAUUGUCGCUCAAUUUGAUCCUGUUAGAAUGAUGUCAGACACAAUGGCAUCAAAAGCGAGGAUGGGUAUUGGAAUCGAAGAAGAAUUUAUUCUUCAAAAGCCACUGUUCACAUUGAAUACAUAUAAUGAACAGCAGUUAUGGAGCACAGGCUCCGGACGUGCAGGCUCAGCGGCCAUGGCUCAUGGGCCCAGCCGCUCUGCGGCAUGUGGGAUCUUCCUGGACCGGGGCACGAACCUGUGUCCCCUGCAUUGGCAGGCGAACUCUCAACCACUGCGCCACCAGGGAAACCCUAUGGACUUGAUCUUGAUAUUGGCCAUUCUGGAUUGUCUUCUGUUUGUCUGCUGAAUGGGCGCUGACACCCAGUGAAACUUUGCAAGGCACUCCUUGAAGAUGACAGAGCAACAAGAUAGAAGGAGCCUGGGUCCCUAAUCACCAGUUGGAAGAAAGCCACUGAUUGACCAGGAGCACCCACUUGGUACUCAGUGUGAGUGAGAAACAAACUUACAUUGUGUUAAGCCACUGAUAUUUUGAAGUAGCAACUAACAAAACCUUUUAAGUACAGUAAGUAAGAAAAUGAAUAAAAUAGGAAUGGUUGUCAGAAUCUUUAAGAUUUAAAAUUUUACACACCCAGAGUUCUCCUUUUCUUUGAAGAUAGUGCUGUUAAUAAUGAUUAUCAUCUCUGUGAAGACAAGGCUGAGUUUUCAGGUACUGAUGGAUUAUGUCCUCUCUUAUUAGCUAGAAUUGCUACCCUGGGAUUUAAGGGAGUUGAGAAAUUGAACCUAGCAUGUUCUUAUUCAAAGAUAAGAACGUAACUGGAAGGAGGCAAGUUUCUGAGAAGAGCAUCUAUAAAUAUAAGUCAGGCUUUACCUGUUGCCUCUAAAGAAUAGGUUAAACAGCCAAUUCUGAUCAUUUGGAACUACGUUACCUGCUCCCCAAUCUACACCCCCCCCCACACACACACACUUUUGCCUCCUAUCCAUCAAAAUGGCCCAAUCAAUAGAGUUGUUCUCUAGUAGAAAAAAAUGAGUUCUAAACCAGAGCAUGUCUUUUUAUCCAAAAGAGAAUCUAUUGAAAUUGUCCACAGCCAGGUGGAUUAUGAGCUUAUAAGGUUGGAUAGUGGUUAUGAUGAAGUAUGAGAAUAAGUGCUGAUAAAAAUCUAGGCAGGUAGAGGAGAGACAGAUACCUAGAUAUGUAAAUUAUAGAUCACUUUCUAUCUCAAAAACAUCAGUCUAUUUAGUUAUUAAUUAGAUGUUCAUGUUAGUUUAUUAAUUAUGAUAGAUCAUUUAAUUAAUCAGAAUUAUCCUUAUGUAAGGGUCCUGGAAAAGUCAUUGUGAAGCAUGAACCUCAAACCUAAUAUUUGAAUUCAGGUAAAGUCCAAUUAAUGAGUAUCAAAGACAGCCUUGAUCAAUUUACUCUUGGAGCAUAAACAUCAGAAACAGCAGUAGGAAGAGAUGAAAAGAUGAAGCAAAAGAUUGAGGGAAGGCCAUGAAAGAGCAAAGAGCCGCUGACUGUAGAGGAGUAGGGAAAUGGGCGGGUCACAUCAGAUGAGCCCACACCAUCACACCUGUGCCCUAGGAAAGAUGGGAGGGGGAGGGAGCAAUGUAGCCCCUACUGUUAAUGAAUAUCAUAGAUUUAUUUCUUCUCCUCCCCACCCUGCCACCCUUCCUUCCUUCUCCUCCUCCUCCUUCUUUGUCUAGCUAACCGCCUCCUCCUCUUCCUCCCCUUUCUUCAAUGCCCCCUGUCAAUUAAUAGACUAUUCUCAGUUAUGAUGACUCAAAAAGCCCAGCUAGUGCAGUGGGCAAGAACCCUGGAAAUUGGACUUAGAAGAAUUUGGUCCAAGUCCUAGCUCUGCCACUAUAUGGUGUAAUUUGUUAACCACCUUUGACCACUCUGAAUUCAAUUUCCUUGUUUUAUGGAGGAAAUGAAUAUCUGCUACACCCACCUAAAAGAGGGAAUGUGAAGAUUUGAGGUAGUGGGUCUGAGAGCUUUUAUUUUUGUUCUUGUAAUUGCUAAAGGAGUGAAUAAAAGUCAGAUGAAAACUGCACAAUUCUCUAGCGGUGGGACUGUGAUUAGGUGUAGGCCUUUUAGAAAACAAAAAAAAAAUUUUUAAGUUCAUUCCCUUUGACCAUUUCUGUAAAUCUUAAUAGACUUAAAUGUAAAAAAAAUUAUAGGUACAAAAAUAUCCAUUUGAGUGUGUUUAUGAUAGAAAAUACUUCAACAUUAAAGUCAAUAGUAGACUAUGUAAUGUAUGGCACAGGCGCUUGGCAUCCAUAAACCAUGUGUUUCAAAGAGAACACUAUAAUAUGGGGAAAUGUUAAUGACAUAAAGUUAAGUGAAAAACACAGACUGUAAAGUUAUGUAAUUCCAACUAUUUAAAAAUCUAUUUGUUAAAAAGAACUGAAAGAAAAGAAAAUAGGUUGAUGGCAUCGUUGUUUAGCUGGUAGGGGUUUUUUUAGACGUGUUUUUAAAAAUCAUUGUUCUAGAUUGGUUCAAGAUGACAGAGUAGAAGGACAUGCACUCACUCCCUCUUGCAGGAGCACUGGAAUCACAACUAACUGCUGAACAAUCAUUGACAGGAUGACACUGGAACUCACCAAAAGAGAUACCCCACACCCAGAGACAAAGGAGAAGCCUCAGUGAGAUGGCAGUAGGGGUGCAAUCACAAUAAAAUCAAAUCCCAUAACCACUAGGUGGGUGACUCACAAACUAGAGAACAAUUAUACCACAGAAGUCCACUCACUGGAGUGAAGGUUCUGAGCCCCACAUCAGGCUUCCCAACCUGGGGGUCCAGCAGUGGGAGGAGGAAUUCCCAGAGAAUCAGACUUUGAAGGCUAGUGGGAUUUGACUGUAGGACUUUGACAGGACUGGGGGAAACAGAGACUCCACUCUUAGAGGGUACACACAAAGUAGUGUGCACAUCAAGACCCAGAGGGAAGGAACAGUGACCCCAUAGGAGACUGAACCAGACUUACCUGCUAGUGUAGAGGGUCUCCUGCAGAGGUGGGGGGUGGCUCUGGCUCACUGUGGGGACAAGGACACUGGAAGCAGAAGUUCUGGGAAGUACUUCUUGGCAUGAGCCCUCCCGGAGUCCACCAUUAGCCCCACCAAACAGCCUAUAGCCUCCAGUGCUGGGCUGCUUCAGGCCAAACAACCAACAGGGAGGGAACUCAGCCCCACCCAUCAGCAGACAAGCAGAUUAAAGUUGUACUGAACACUGCCCACCAGAGCAACACCCAGCUCUGCCCACCACCAGUGCCUCCCAUCAGGAAGCUUGCACAGGCCUCUUAGAUAGCCUCAUCCACCAGAGGACAGACAGCAGAAGGAAGAAGAAAUACAAUCCUGCAGCCUGUGGAACAAAAACCACAUUCACAGAAUGAUAGAAAAAAUGAAAAGGCAGAGGACUAUGUAUCAGAUGAAGGAAAAUGGUAAAACCCCAGAAAAACAACUAAAUGAAGUGGAGAUAGGCAACCUUCCAGAAAAAGAAUUCAGAAUAAUGAUAGUGAAGAUGAUCCAGGACCUUGGAAAAAGAAUGGAGGCAAAGAUCGAGAAGAUGCAAGAAAUGUUUAACAAAGACCUAGAAGAAUUAAAGAACAAACAAACAGAUGAACAACACAAUAACUUAAAUGAAAAAUACACUAGAAGGAAUCAAUAGCAGAAUAACUGAGAAGUGACCUGGAAGACAGAGUGGUGGAAUUCACUGCUGCAGAACAGAAUAAAGAAAAAAGAAUGAAAAAAAAUGAAAACAGCCUAAGAGACCUCUGGGACAACAUUAAACACAACAACAUUCACAUUAUAGGGGUCUCAGAAGGAGAAGACAGACAGAAAUGACCUGAGAAAAUAUUUGAAGAGAUUAUAGUAGAAAAUUUCCCUCACAUGGGAAAGGAAAUAGCCACCCAAGUCCAGGAAGAGCAGAGAGUCCCAUAUAGGAUAAACCCAAGGAUAAACACACCGAGGCAAUAGUAAUCAAAUUGACAAAAAUUAAAGACAAAGAAAAAUUAUUAAAAGCAACAAGGGAAAAAUGACAAAUAACAUAUAAAGGAACUCCCAUAAGAUUAACAGCUGACUUCUCAGCAGAAAUUCUACAAGCCAGAAGGGAGUGGCACGAUAUAUUUAAAGUGAUGAAAGGAGAGAACCUACAACCAAGAUUACUCUACCCAGCAAGGAUCUCUUUCAGAUUUGACGGAGAAAUCAAAAGCUUUACAGACAAGCAAAAGCUAAGAGAAUUCAGCACCACUGAACCAGCUCUACAACAAAUGCUAAAGGAACUUCUCUAAGUGGGAAACACAAGAGAAGAAAAGGACCUACAAAAAUAAACCCAAAACAAUUAAUAAAAUGGUAAUAGGAACAUACAUAUCGAUAAUUAACUUAAAUGUCACUGGAUUAAAUGCUCCAACCAAAAGACACAGGCUCACUGAAUGGAUACUAAAACAAGACCCAUAUAUAUGCUGUCUAGAGACAACCACUUCAGACCUAAGGAUACAUACAGACUGAAAGUGAGGGGAUGGAAAAAGAUAUUCCAUGCAAAUGGAAAUCAAAAGAAAGCUGGGGCUUCCCUGGUGGGGCAGUGGUUGAGAGUCCGCCUGACAAUGCAGGGGAUGCGAGUUCAUGCCCCGGUCUGGGAGGAUCCCACGUGCUGCGGAGCGGCUAGGCCCGUGAGCCAUGGCUGCUGGGCCUGUGCGUCCGGAGCCUGUGCUCUGCAACAGGAGAGACCACAACAGUGAGAGGCCUGCGUACCGCAAAAAAAAAAAAAAAAAAGCUGGAGUAGCAAUACU